AAUCAAAAGGCCCACAGUCUCAGAGGUCACCAAACUCAUCCAUCCAUGGCUGCCUCAUCCACCUCUCUCAGCAACUUCCUCUCCUUCAUCUUCCCCUCAAAACCACCGCCACCGCCACCACCCAAAACCCCACCACCCCAGCUCACUCUGCCACAGACGCAGAAACCCAGAGAAGGGCUGGUCUCGCUGGUGGCCCAAGAGAACCCACACUCUUCUUCUUCUUUGGCCUCUGUGAUAUGUCCCUCUCUGGCCUAUGCCAACACGCUGUACUUCAAUUCUGCUUACAAUGUUCAGGUGGUGGUGGAGGAUAACGAGUCCGAGGAGAGGCUGCUGAACCGGUUCCGGAGAGAGGUCAUGAGGGCCGGUGUUAUUCAGGAGUGUAAGCGCAGGAGGUUCUUUGAGAACAAGCAGGACGAGAAGAAGCGCAGGACUCGUGAGGCCGCUAAGCGCAACAAAAGAAGGCGUGGCCCAUUUAGAGGUCCUCCACCGAUCAAGCAGGAAGAAUCAGCAAGCAAGAAGCAAGAUGAUGAAGAAGAUAACUGGGAUCUACCUGAAGGAUCCAUCCCCUAUUAACUGCGUUCAACUCGUCUUUAAUUUAUAUAACUCACCUUUGUGUGCUAGAGGCUUUUGGUCCAUGUAAGUGACAUUAAGUGAAUCCUGUUCUUUAAUCGACUUGGUGCAUUAUCCUUUUUGUAUUUUUAUCUAUAUAUAGAGUAAAUGUUUUUCA